CAUCAUUUCACGGGCUACCAUUGCUUCGUCUACUACGCGUGGUAGAGGCACCAGAUGCCCGAGAGACUCAGAAGCUUUUUUGGACGCGUUUCUCCGGAUCUUCAGCUUGCCAUAGUCUGCCAUAACCAAGCCGCGUUCUCGUGCCACGCCAUCAAUGUGUGCCUGAGUUGAUCUUCACUUAUUCUCCUUCCUGCUCCUCCUACGAGUUCUUCUGAAGGCUUCUCUCCGUGUACUUGAGAAUCCUUUCAUAGCUGUCCUCCUGUGGUCGUCGUAUCCAACAGUUGAAUUGAAGAGCCUUUCGAGGUUAUCACAAUGGCAAGCUACGAGACUGAGCAUGCUACUGACUCACCCAGUCAUGCACAGAGCCAUCCACGCAGACCAGACCUCUCCUCUUUCCUGAGCCUUAUUGUUGAAAUCACUCCUGAUCGACCAGAAAGCCGAGCGCGUGCAGAUGCUGUUCCUCUUCCCGAAGAUGUGUCGGCUGCUUAUCGCUCGUUAGCAGAAGCAUUCCAAUUGAUGCAAAGAGACAAUGAGAAUGCCGACUCGGAUUUGCUUGGAGAUUUGAUCGAAACGUUGAUGAGCUCUGCGGAGCAUCCACCUCGAGAAGUCAAAGGAGUGGACGAGGAAUACAUUGCAGCUUUGGAUCGCGUCAAUAUCAAGACUGUCGGCAAGGACGCUGAUUGUCCAAUCUGUGGCAAUCCAUUCGUAGAAGAUCCACAUCCGCUACUGGUCAGGCUGCCCUGCCAUUCUACUCACAUCUUUGAUCUUGAAUGUGUCAGACCAUGGCUUCUGUUGAAUGGCACUUGUCCACUGGACAGAGUUGACCUCGCGCAGCGGGAACGGGAUCGGAAACAGAGGCUGUUGGACGACAUUAAAAAGGACGCUGCACCUGAGGAUGAAGAGGAGGAAUGGGACGGGCUCUACGCAUGAUGAGAACAAUCCAACAACAAAUUCCGGAGACUUUCACCGCUACCGGUAUACCACAGCCUACGGAAAUACUGCAUGAGAGGAAGACUUGUUUAUGUCAGUAAAAUGUGUUAGGUGAACUCUGGUGCGAUGGACGCAGGGAAGAAUCAUUCGACAAGACAGCACUGAAGAGCUCACGUACAAGCCAACCAAUCUGUCUCUUCUCGGCUAAGGACCGUUACACGCUCGCGACCAAAGGAGCAGCCACGCAGCAUGGAAGUUGCAAGAAAAUGCUUUUUGGCUUGACGUUACAUCACCCGUGGUUGCUGAUUACCGCCCGGUCUAAUUGAAGUAAGUCCGGCAAAAGAGACGGCGCUUUCACCCUAGUGGUGGAAAUGGCAAACAGUCGGAUGGGUACAUCACUGCAACAGAUCUGACAAUUUUCGAUUCGUCUCAUAAUGGAGUCACUGGCUAGCUGCCCGGCCUAUUCGAUUGUCCAGGCAGAAGUAGGACCCUGGACACUUGGCCCAGCAGUCCUUGCCUCGGACACUGGAAACACAACGAGGUCUUUCUGAACAAGAAGAUUCUCAAUAGAUGCGACAGGGCCAUAGACAGACUGAUUGUAUCUGCUUACCGGACGUCUCGGUCUUUUUACUCGUCGAGCCCAUUUCACUCUGCCAAUUGGCAGCAUCGCGCAAAAUGGUCCAAAUAUUGCGUAUGCCUGAUCGAUGCCGUGGUUGCCGUCUAAGCAGUGCGUGGAGUGACACACUCCUCUCCUCCACCAUACUCGACUCGACGGGGUCAGCGAGCAACUUGUGAACAAGCUGGGUAUUACAGCGCCAAGGGUGUCGCUCCACAAGAGUCACAAGCGCAUGGAACCGUAGGCAUGGGAAUUCGGCUUUCCUUAGAGCUCAAGUCUUCCACAUUUCGAUGUUCUCAACACAAUUACAGCAUCGGCGGGAUUCCGGCACCCAGAAUGCUGUUUGUUUGCGAUCGCCUGGGAGAUACUCAUCCUUCCCGUUUGACUAUGUGAGACAAGAUGCUUAUAAGCGCGGGAUAUCUGUGGACGUCAGCCCCACCACUUGGAAAACAAAGUCGAAUGAGGAAUGCAUAAGACUAUGCCCCGAUUCUCACGGGUGAAGAAUCCUUGCUGCAGACUGGACCAGAAUGUGCAGCUGUUUGGCCAAGUACCUGAGAGCAUCCUUUGGGAUCCAGCCACUUAACCUAGCAGGCGAGGGCCAUAUGGGUCCGAAGGCUUACCGAUAUACAAAGGAAAAUUGCAUUGGUGUGUAGGUACGGUGUUGGUACGCCGUCGUGGUCGUCCCACAGGCAAAAUCAAGUACUCUCGCACGCAUACUUAUUCACAAAUCAGACGAGUACCAACAGCCAAGUCCUAAGGCUGGUCUGUCAUGUUCCCAUGAAUGCUGCUGUGAUAGGUCAGUCCUUGUUGAUCAGUAAACCUUUUCCACGACUAGAGCAUUCUACAGUCAACGGCGACUCUUCCAAGAAACACAGAGGCGGCGCUGGUAUGCACGCGUAUGCCAUAUCAUGGGUGGUGGAGAUGAAAAUGCAGGUACAUCUUGACAUGAGGUUGUCAAAGGUAAUAUACCAUAUCAAGUUAGAUAUUUGUGGUUGGCCACGGAAGAGGCGGCAUAGCGGCAUGGUCAUACUUUGUAGUUCUGCGAAGAGGCGACGAUGAGGAGGAGGCACGUUGACGAGGUUGACCAAGUUUGCCAAGUUCCAAAAAUAGGCACCACGUAGGGCACCGUGUGCUGCCGCGAC